CAUCACAAUUUUUAAAACAAAACUUUUUUUAGCCGCUAAUCCUUUGGCUUGUGCAUGUGCCGGUGUAUUAAAGAAUUUCACAAAUUGUAUUAUUUUUUAAUUUUUAUAUAUAAAUAAAGUGAAAUCAAUAAUUUAUCAAUAAAAUUCCAUUAUGAUGGCACAAUUUUCCCUAAGUAGUCUAACUAAAGAAUUGACAGAAGUCGAAGAACCAGGUCUAACAUUUGCUGGUGGUUCUUUGAAAUGGACAACCGCUGAAGAUGUCAAAGAAGUCACAUCUGCCAUCGAUGCAGCAAAAAAUCUCACCUACCUCAAAUUGGAGGGAAACACGCUUGGCGUGGAAGCAGCUGCCGCUAUUGGCAAAUCACUCGAAAAACAUCCUGAGUUUAAAAAAGCCCUCUGGAAGGAUAUGUUCACUGGUCGUUUGAAAAAUGAAAUUCCCGUAGCUCUCGAACAUUUGGGCAAUGGCUUGAUGCUUGCAUCAGCUCAAUUAACAGUCUUGGACUGUAGUGACAAUGCUCUUGGGCCAAAUGGAAUGGUUGGUUUGCAAGCUCUUUUGAGCAGCAGAGUUUGCUUUAGUUUGAAGGAAUUACAUUUGAAUAAUUGUGGUCUUGGGAUUUAUGGUGGCAAAAUGUUGUCUGAAUCGAUUUUAGAUUGUUAUAAAAACAGUUGCGAUGCUGGAACUCCUCUAGAUCUUAGAGUGUUUGUUACUGGGCGAAAUCGUUUGGAAAACGAAGGCGCCAAAUCGAUUGCUAAGAUAUUUUGUACCAUCAACACUUUGGAGGAGAUUGCAAUGCCACAGAAUUCAAUCUUCCAUGUGGGCAUUUCUGCUUUGUGUGAAGGAUUUAAGAAUAAUCCAAAUAUGAAGGUUUUGAAUUUGAAUGAUAAUAUUAUGACACCAAAAGGUGCAGCGGCUAUUGCUGAUGCUAUUCAAACUAUGCCAUUAUUAAGAGAAAUCAAUUUAGGAGAUUGUCUUUUGAAGACAAAAGGAGCACUUUAUCUUGCAGAUGUCUUAGCAGACAACCAACCAGAUUUGGAAGUUUUAAAUCUGGAAGCCAAUGAGAUUGGUUCUGAAGGUGGUUUGCAAUUGAUAGCAGCACUUCACAACAAACCCAAAUUGAAAACUCUCAACCUUGAUACCAAUAAGUUUGGCUAUGAUUGUAUUGAUGAGAUUAAAGAAACAAUGGCUAAGAUUUGUCCAAGUUGCGUUGUGGGUUCGUUUGACGACGAUGAAGGUGAUAGCGAUGUUGAUGAUGAAGAUGAUGAGGAUGGCGAUGAAGAUGAUGAUGGUGAAGAGGAAGAAGAAGAAAAUGAAGAUGGUGAUCAUCAUAAUGAUACAACAGAAGAUGCCGAUGAAGAGAAUGAUAUUUAUGGCGAGGAAUAUGGAAAUGAUAGUGCGGCUGUAGAUAACUAUGUUACAGCUGUGUUUAAUAAGUCCAAUGAUGAUACCGCUGAAGGCUCCUUUCUAUCUAAUACAAGUGUUACAUAUGAAGGUGAAACACCUCGACCAAAUACCGUUGAAACAUUUUGUAAUACACCAAAUCCGUCACUUAAAAUGUUUGAAAGCAUCGAAGAUACGAAUAAAUUAGAAGCAUUCCGGGACUAUCUAAAAGGAUUCAAAUGCGACAACUACCUCAUUAUGCUAACAUUUACUGCUCUAAAAUGUGCAGCCCUAUCGAAAGUCUCUCAAGAAGCUCUUGAUAUUUCUGUCGCUUUGUAUGCAGAUUCAUUUGCUUAUGCUCAAGAAGUUGACCAAGUAACACGUGUGAUGAAUUUCUUUUUAAUACAAUUGGGUUUGUUGAAAAGUGAACAAAAAGAAUUCAAACCCGCAUACAAUUUAAAAGGAUGUCGAUAUGCUUUCCGAGAGACGUUGAAGCAAAAAGAAUUACCUAUCGAGGUUAAACAGACUUUUACAUUAUUCCUUGAUCGAUUUGAUGAUUGAAGAAAAAAGAUGAUUUUGUUGUUUUCAUUUUUCUUUGGAAUUUGUACUUUUGUUUGAUUGUACUUUUUAAAAUGUUUUAAACAAAUAAAAUUUGUAAGUUGUU